AUGGAUUCAGAAAAGUCGUCAACCGAACAAGGGUGUAUAAGAUGGAGGUGGAAAUCAAAGGACAAUGCAUCCGGUGUUGAGAAAGACUACAGAUGGAAACAACAUAAUGAUAUCGAAAAUCGAAUGAUUGAACAUGCAUAUCAACAAGGCAACGAUCAAGUCGAAUUAUAUGAUUUUACGAUUGAUUUCAGGAGUGAAAUUCAAAUUAGUAAACGAGAUUCACAAGAACAAUAUGAGAUAAAACGACAGAUAGGCUUAUCAGAUAUCAGUGAUCGUGUUAGAGUCGAUCGUUUUGUUGUUGAAGAAGCACAAUGCAUUGAGAAAUCAUUCUAUUCGUUGCCAAAAUCCUUCAUGAAUGCAAUUCUGUUCUAUGAAGGACAAGUUGGUCCCGAAAGAGUAUUGGACGCUAUAACUGGUAUUCGAAAAGUAGGUGCUCUGUUGGGUAAAGCAAAGCAAGCGGAAUGUCUUGCCAAUGAUUUUCAAGAAACCUAUGGAAUAUACUGGGGUCGAGAGGAUGAAAUUAUGGAUCAGGUCAUUCGUUUAUAUACCAUGGACAAUUUUUUGUACAAAUUUAUCAAUUAUUUUAUGAGAACUGCAGAUAUUACGACUGGUGCAUUUGAGAAUGAGCGGGACAAAAUGUAUGGACAGCUAUUAGGACCAUAUUAUAGUCUAUUGCAAGAAAGUUUUCACAGACGACGGUCUGAAGUUGAUAUUCUACUAUAUCGUAGCGCCAAUUUAACCGAUGACAUGAUCGAGGAGUACAAGCAAUAUGUUGGCGAAGAUAUAACAUGGAUUUCAUUUUCCAGUAGUUCGAAAAAUAAAGCAGUAGCCUUAUUGUAUGAUGGUAACACUUUGUUUCAAAUUUAUGUACCAAAACAGCCCGAUACGCGGAAUGCUGAUGUCUCUUCAUUAUCACAAUUUCCUGAAGAAGAAGAAGUUGUAUUUGAUCAUCAAACUUUCUUCACUGUCAAGAAAGUAGACUAUGAUCAAACAUUACGAAAACAUAUUAUUCACUUGAACAUCACCGAUUACGGCGCUCGUUAUCGUAAAUAA